CAUAACUAGUUUCCUAAAUUAAACAGUUUUUACCUAUUUACAUUAUGGGUUUGGACUUUUUCACUGUUAUGCGCAGCUUUGGGGAGUUUAGCAGCACGGCCAUAUUAAUUAUGGUCGGCUGCAUGGGCUCCACAGUAAAUGGCCAAGAUGGGAAUGCGAGUUUCAUGACAAGCGUACACAACGGCCUGACAAUUGUCAUUGUCAUGCACAUUUUUGGUUUUAUCUCAGGCGCCCAUGCCAAUCCGUGCAUCUCGAUUGCAUGCUGGCUCCUUGGCUAUAUUGGCAGUGAGAUGAUGCUUAUCUAUGUGACCUGUCAACUGACGGGUGCCAUAUUUGGCUAUUUUCUAUUGCUCCAAAUGCUACCUCAAGACUUGAUAGAUGGCAGCAAACCAGGGGUUUGUAUGGUCGAACCCAUGGGAAGUCUAUCUAAUGUGCAAAUCUUUGGCAUUGAGUGUUUCUUGACUUCGGUCUUGUUGCUGGGCUGGAGUGCUCUCUGGGAUGUGCGCAGUGGACGUUUCCUGGACUCUGUGACAUUGCGCAUGGGCUGCCUGGUCAUGGCGUGUUGUAUGGCAGGCGGUCAGCUGACAGGCGCCUCGAUGAAUCCGGUCAAGAUGCUUGUACCGACUCUUUUUAAGGGGAACCCGGACACUGUGGUCCUGCAGGUGGGCGGUCAACUGGUAGCAGCCUUUAUAGUGCCCUAUUUAUGGCAGUAUGCAUACUCCCCGCACUACCGUAAGGUAGAGGUAUUAAGCUGUGAUCAUUCUGGGCCAGUAAUAUAGAUCAUAACAUAUUAUAAGGAAAAUACAUAUGUAUAUCGAAUGUACCCAGUAUUAGUUUCGUUGAAUCAAA